GAACUGGUCGAACACACGUCCAAAGCCCCCAUAUGUAUUGUUGUUUCUAUAGUAUUGAAAAUCGGAGCAUCAGAGCAAACAAGAGUGUCUGUUCUUAAAUUUUUGCCAUUAAAUCGGCAGUGUUGUUUUAGUUGCAGUAAUGGAUACCUGUGGAUUUGUUACCUGUGGUCCUAACGAGGCGCUGGUCGUUUCAGGAUGCUGCUAUGGCAAACCACUCUUAGUUCCUGGAGGACGAGUCUUCGUCUGGCCAAUCGUCCAGCAGGUUCAAAAAAGGAGCGAAUAUAUUUUUGUCUAGCUCACUCUAAAAAUAUUUUUCUUGAUUUUAGGAUUUCUUUGAAUACAAUGACACUACAGGUAGAAAGUCCCACAGUAUAUACCUGUCAAGGUGUGCCAAUUUCAGUGACUGGUAUAGCACAGGUGAAGAUUCAAGGACAAAAUGAAGAAAUGCUUUCAACAGCGUGUGAACAAUUUUUAGGAAAAUCGCAAGACGAGAUUCACAAUAUAGCAUUGGUCACUUUAGAGGGACACCAAAGGGCAAUAAUGGGAAGCAUGACUGUGGAGGAAAUUUACAAGGACCGCAAGAAAUUCAGUAAAGAGGUCUUUGAGGUGGCAAGCAGCGAUCUUGUAAAUAUGGGAAUUACAGUGGUUUCGUAUACACUGAAAGAUAUUCGAGACGAGGAAGGUUCGAAGGGAUACUUAAAAGCCCUCGGUAUGGCCCGAACAGCUGAGGUGAAAAGAGAUGCUAGGAUCGGAGAAGCCGAAGCUCGCCGAGAUGCCCAAAUUCGAGAAGCGAUUGCUGAAGAACAAAGGAUGGCAGCUCGCUUCCUUAAUGAUACUGAAAUUGCUAAAGCCCAGAGAGAUUUUGAAUUGAAGAAAGCUGCUUAUGAUGUGGAGGUUCAAACCAAAAAAGCAGAAGCUGAAAUGGCUUACGAGCUUCAAGCAGCGAAGACUAAGCAACGAAUCAUGGAAGAGCAAAUGCAAGUUAAAGUUGUAGAACGUAGUCAGGAAAUUGCUGUUGCUGAACAGGAAAUGUUGCGUCGUAUGAAGGAAUUGGAUGCUACUGUUCGCCGUCCUGCUGAUGCUGAGAAAUAUAGGUUAGAGAAAAUGGCUGAAGCUAAUCGUCUUCGACAAAUAAUGGAAGCAGAGGCUGAAGCUGAGGCAAUAAAAAUCCGAGGUGACGCUGAGGCUUUUGCCAUUGAUGCCAAGGCUAAAGCUGAAGCUGAACAGAUGUCAAAGAAAGCAUCUGCUAUGAACGAAUACAAGAGUGCUGCUAUGAUUGACAUGAUGCUUGAAAUUCUACCGAAGGUUGCCGCUGAAGUAGCCGCUCCACUUUCGCAGACGAAGAAAAUCACAAUGGUUUCGAGUGGCAAUGGCACCAUCGGCGCGGAAAAGCUAACAGAAGAAGUACUGAAUAUCGUCAACCGUGUUCCUGAGCUCGUGAAAAAUCUAACUGGCGUAGACAUCGCAAAAUCGGUCCAUGCAGCGUAAGAGAACGUUCACACAAUUCCUUCGGAGGUUUACGCAUAAACAUAAAAGGCCACUUUUAUGUCUAACGAAUCUGUCUCUCGCUAGGAUAAGUUUUCUAAGUGUUUCGACUUUCUCGAAAGUGAUUGACAGCGCAACACAUUUUGAAUGCCAUUUAAUUGGUUAUUUACGUGCAUUUAAGAAUCUCCAGUUAGCUUCUUGAAAACUUUAUAGUUCAUAUUGAUCUCUAGAGUACAGAGAAAAAAAAAUCCUCGCACAAGAGUUCUAAUUUUGCUACUUAUGGCAGUGAGUGUAAAAUUUGCUAUUUCACUAUAGUCGAUAACUUUUACUGAACAUCGUGUCUUUUUUUUAAUUAUUCAGCUAUUAUAAAUUUCAUGAGACUUUCUGAAUAUAAAUUCUAAAUCUUGAUUCCGACUUUUAAAAACUGAUUUUAAAUAUUCAUUCUGAAUACUUUAAAGCAUUGAAAAAAAAGGAAAAAAAGUUUAAGUAAGAGGAAUAUGCAUUUGUAUUGAACGUAUCUCAUAAGAAAGUUAUCCAUUCAAGGUCAAUUGUUGACGAAAAAAGAGGAGAAGCACAGCGGUAAAAUUGUUGCCGAUAAAAUGAUCGAAAGUUGAUGAACAAAAUUCUUUAGGAGCAGUUUAAUACGCGUAAACGACUCAUGCCAAGAUGUGCCGAAUUACAUUCCUCUUGAGUAUUUUAUGACACUGUGUACCUUCUUAAAUCUAAAUCGUUACCAAUAAGUCUUUAGCAAUGAAAGUACCAAUCCAGUGUGACCAUGUCCAAAAUAUGUCUCUAGUCUCCAGAAAUCGCACAUACCUUCGGUUAUAUUUUUUCUAUUCGAAGAAUAAACUACUGUAUUUUUCCCUUACAACAAGAUAAUAAUAAUAAUAAUAAUAAUAAUAAUAAUAAUAA